AUGAUCAAUGAUACCGAUGCUGUGAAGCGAAGACCGGAUGCCUAUGCGACUCCGCAAGUCAUAAGACCCCCCAGCAGGGCCAAUGGCCACGCAAAUGGGUCUACGGCCCUGCAGUCGACGCUCAAGCCAGCCGCCCUAACCUCCAAGGCGAAGAAGGAUUCAGGUAUGACGGCGGCGGUGGCGCAUGCGACAGUACCCUCCUGGGCCAACAUGAUCUUGAUGGCUUCACUCAUUUUCGGAGGAUGCUGCACAAACGUCUUUGCUCUUGAGGCUAUCAUCAAGGAGCAAUCUACAGCCGGUCCCUUGAUCACCUUCGCCCAAUUCAUCCUUUGCGCCAUCUUCACUCUUCCGCAUUUCCUCUCCUUCUCUGCCGGUCCCCGUGCCCUGUUUGUGAGCCCUCGAGCGAUUCCAAUCCGAUCAUGGAUGAUCUAUACCGCAUACUUCGCGUCGGUCAAUCUUUUGAACAAUUGGGCCUUCGCCUAUAAGAUCUCCGUCCCGCUUCAUAUCAUUCUCCGAUCUGGUGGGCCGGUGGCUUCUAUGAUCGUUGGAUAUGCGUAUAAUGGAAGACGGUAUUCCCGCGGCCAAAUUCUUGCUGUAGCCUUGCUCACGGCUGGCGUCGCCGCCGCCGCGCUUGCCGAUGCGCAGGCUAAGGGCCAGUCCAUCGAAAUUGGAACCAGUAGCGAUGUGACAUUGAUGACCACAGCCACCGGAUUCAGCAUUCUUGCCUUGGCUAUGAUUUUGUCAGCGUUUCAGGGGAUCUACGCCGACCGGCUGUAUGGGACGUAUGGCCGUGAUCACUGGAAGGAGGCUCUGUUCUACUCUCACACCCUCUCGCUGCCUUUGUUCUUGACCAGCUAUCCGCAGCUAUUAUCACAGUGGCGAGUCGUGGCAUCCACUCCUUCGGUGCUUUCAACGCUUUCCCAUGGGAAUUCCAGUCAAAGUUCGUCCAGCAUGUUGAAUCAUAAUUUGUUCUCUAUCAUGGCGGCCGCUCAAAAGCACAAAUCGAUUGAAUCUGUACUUGACAAGAUUCCGAUUCAGUUAGCAUAUCUGCUCAUGAAUGCUUUGACGCAGUACGUCUGCAUUCGAGGAGUUCAUCUGUUGUCUGCCAAGUCUUCUUCCCUGACAGUAACGGUGGUUUUGAAUAUUCGCAAGCUCGUUUCGUUGUUGCUCUCGAUCUACUUGUUCGGCAAUGAUCUGGCAUCCGGCGUCCUUGUCGGAGCAGUUUUGGUAACCAUUGGUGGUGGUCUGUAUGGAUUCGAGGGAGCACGGCUGAGAAAGACCAGCUUGAAAAAGACCGAGUGA